AUUUUUCAUGAAUGUUCAUACAUUUGUCUAGAAAAACUGGGUUAUUCUCAGGAUUGCUAUAAUGGGGCAUAAAAUAUCACCAAUUCUCUGGAUAUUUAUUCUAAUUGUGUACUCUUCUCAUGCAGUGAUGAUAACUUACUUUGUGGAAUCUCAUGUAUUCUGUGAAAAAAACUCGUCUGAAAUCGACGAUGUUUCAAAAUCUAUGUCCGAUUUUGUUAAUGAAACAUCCACUUUAUUUAAACAUCUGCAAAUAGACCAUGACAUAAUACCUGUUUGUGAUUUUCAUGAUUUAGAUAAGGAUAUAUCAAAUAAUACGGAUUUAAUUGUUUUUAUCUCAGGAAAUGAAACAACGAAUAUCACAACAACAUCAAUAAAAUCAAACAUUCCAAUAAUAACCAGCAUAUAUGAUGCGUUCACCGGCAAAGGAAAUAAUACCGUUAUUUCUACACAAUACACAACAGAAACACUGGGUAACUUCAUAUACAGAGUUCUAGAAGCGCUUGAAUGGCCAUACAUCCAAGUCAUUUUGCAGCCUACAUCUUACUUCCUAAAUAUAUUAAACACGUUUAAGCGAUCACGUGAUUCUCCAUACAUAUGCGCAGUACGGACACUUGAUGUGAAUUCAACUUCUGAAAAGGACAUUGAAUUUUUGUUGACGUCACUUCAAUAUGAAACGAAUACGAAAGGAGUAUUGAUAUUGGCAGAAGAUUUAGUUUUAAAACAUAUCGCACAGAUCUGGACGACAAAUAGAGAUCUUCAACAGUUUUACUUUGUUGCUUUAUUUGAAGAUUCAGGAAUAGUCAAACCAUUUUUAGAAUUAAUUCCAGGUUGGGUCUUCAUUCCGCGAUCAAAGACAAGAGGAGACACAAACACAACAGAGAGUGUUAUUUAUAGCAAUAUAUCAAUGUCAAAUAUUAUGGAAGAUAUCAGAACUACCACAACCUUCGUAAUGGAAGCUUUAAGCAAUAUCAACAUCAGUGCGUGUAAUUACCAGAGCAAAGAGGAAUAUAAUGCCUGUUUACGAUCGAAAUGGACUUCUGAAAUGACAGGAAAAGAAGAAGAAAUAAAUGUUUACAAUGUUCAGUUAGACCAGCUUGUCGAGAAAGGGAACAUGACAGUGUCUAGAUUCAUUCAGGUUGGAAAGAUUAACGAUGAGAAAUACCUAACGAUUAAUCCAAUGAAAUUAUAUGACAAAAAUAACAAAGUCUUAAAAAGCAAUGCUGUUUCGUGGAGUGAGGCUUUCGUAUACAUUUGUCGCUCAUUUGUAAAAUUCCAAAGUCUUACAUCACCAACUGAAACGGAUGUUCAAGUAAUUGGAUCUUUACCACUACAUUAUUCUUCAUACACACCUGAGGGAUGUGGGGAAUUACGAGAUAAUUACAUUUUGUUAACUGAGGCUGUCGUCUUUGCAGUCGAGUUUGUUAAUAAUAUGACAAAUAUCCUGCCAAAUGUGAAGCUUGGAUACGAUGUCAUUGAUACUUGUACAGUGCCUUCCAGGUUCACUCACCAAAUGGACAUUUUGAAUUCGAGAGGACUAAGAAAUACGACUAUAUCGAGAAAAAACUAUAUCGGUGGAGUGGGAUUUCCUUUUAGUUCUGAGAUCGAACGCUUGGCAGGGUAUUUUUCUUCGAAGGAAAUGCCAACUAUAAGUAUCAGUGCAACUAGUUCUGUGUUUUCUGACAAGAUACUCUAUCCAUAUUUCAUGCGGAUGGUUCCUUCUAACAAAGAAGAAACCUUAGCGAUAAUUGGUGUCUUGGAAUAUCUUUCUAUUCAUACUAUUGGCAUUGUUUACACCAACGAUGCAUUUGGUGCAGAUCUCACAAAGAGCGUGUUGAACUUUGCAGAGGAAAAGGGAAUCAGAGUAGUGUAUAUGAUGAGAAUGGAAGAUCCGUAUUUGAUAAAUUCUGAUGUUCUGAACUAUCUUGUAGACAGAUUUAUUGUCCAAAAUAAUGACAAGGUUCAAGCUGUAGUUUCACUGACGCAAAGCAAUCACAUGAAAGCUAUUUUACAGCGACUUACUGAAUUAAAGAACAAUAACGUUUUCUGGAUUGGAUGCGAUACAUGGAUGGCAGGUAUUGAGGAAAGCUUCUUCAGAAAGAACAUUGAAGUAGUAAACAAUGCAGUUCUUAUAACCUUCGAAACAAAAAUUUCGGAGAAGUUUCUUAGCUACUUAAACAGUAAACAGAAUCUAUUGGAAAAUAACUUAUUCAUAAAACAGCUAGUAGAAAAAAUAGACAAUUGCACUUUCGAUGCAGAUCAGCCUUGGAAAGCUCAGUGCAAAGACGAAGAUUUUCAAAAUAUCGUUGAAGAUAUUGAUCUUCAUGGAGAAACGCAUAUUAUUGACGCUAUUAUUGUCCUUGCCCAUGGAUUAGAUGCAUUAAUAAGAACCUAUUGUCCUUUGCUUGAUUACUGUAAUGAAGCAAACUUAAACAAAAACAAACUGGCUGAAAUUGCUCAAAAGUUGUAUGUGGAAGACAUCAAUGGCGACCAAAUAAUUUUUGAUAGCAAAGGGGAUGGGAAGAAUAUAUUUUAUAUCAUGCAGGUCAAUCCGACGCUUGCAAAUAAUACAUUCGGAAAGAUUGGAAUGUGGAUAGACGGCAUAACUAUCAUAAACAAUGACACGUUGAAAUUACCACAGUCAUUGUUACAAAACAAAAUCCAACCCUGUAGCGGGAGAAAGUGUCAUUCUUUAAGAACAGGCAUGGCUGAAAUGCAAUAUACGUUCAUCCCAGGUGACGUUAUGAUAUAUGCGUUUUUAGAACUGUUUGAGGUAAACAAUGGGACAUGCUCAAAUUCUCUUAUACCAGACCAUUUUGAAGUUGCGUCUUCGGUCCUAUGGAGCAUUGAAACCUUAAAUAAGAAACAGCCAAAGAACAAUCCUCGAAUCGGUUUAGGAAUAUUUGGAGUGUGUGCCUUUGAUUCUACGAUAGCAAGGAAUGUUAUUAUACCUUCAUUUAUUGUCCCUAAGCUUCCAUCUUCUCCUUUCACAAAACCUAUUCUGGGACUUGUCGGAGCUCUAACAAACCCUGUUGCCUCGGAAUUGGGCGAUGCAAGAGACUCAGUGUCACGAGAAUUUCCAAUGAUAAUAUCAGCAACGACAGAAAGAUUCAAUGAUAGAGAAAGAUUCCCUCGUAUUUUCAGAACGGCAAUGUCGUCAACCUCAGAUGUGUACAUUGCCAUAGAAUUUGCAAAGAGGCUUGGCUGGACCUAUUUUCACGCUUUAUUUGGGGAUCGUGAUCAGUCACUGUUAGAUCUUUUGGAAACAGAAGCAUUACUUUUAAAAAUUUGCUUAGCAACCAAACGUACAAUAAAAAUGUCAGAUCAGGAAAAUGAGCUAUCCAGAGCGGUUGAUGAAAUGUUGCAAUACGAUGGAGCAACUGUUGUGAUGGUCUUCAUUCCAACCGUUGCCAUUGAAGUGCUACUUAAAGUAGCACAUGAGAAAGAUACUUUUGGGAGGCUUGUUUUUAUCAUUCCAAAGCCUGUUGAGAAUGUAGAAAGAAUCCUUGGCACAUACAGCAAACCGGCAAUGGGAAUGGUCAUUCUUCAGAACAACAUGACAGAAAACACACAAUUUAAAUCAUAUUUCCAAAGCUUGAAUAUCGAAGAGGGAGAUUUGUCAGAUCAACUGCCAUGGGGGAAAAGAUUUUGGGAAGAUGUUCAUAAAUGCAAUCUACGAUUUUCCAAUAGGUAUAACAAAGACUGUACAAUGGAUUUGAAGCUGAACGCAGUUAAAAAGAAACAGUCACCAUACGUAGCUUCUACAAUCAACGGAAUAUAUGCUUUAUCUGUGUCUUUCCAAAACUUUCUGACAAAACAUUGUGAUGGAACGGAUUCAGUCAGUUGUGUCAACAGGAAUUUCUCGCAUAUGUAUCAGCAACUAGAGUACGAGUUAGAUCAUGUUAAUGUAGUGCCAGAUGGGGGAACGAAGUUCGCUUUCGAGAACAGGAAUGCGUCAGUGCCCUUGGCGAUCCUUAAUUAUCAGUAUGGACCUAAAGGAAACCCCAGACUAGUUACAAUUGGAAGUAUUCAAGGUAAGGAGAUGGCUCUAGACUUACGAAAAUUGAGUAUGUAUAACCUGAAUGGUGCUCGCAAAAUCUUCCAAUCAGAAUGCCCAAAUGAUCAGUGUUCAGAAUGUUUAGACCCGAAAUUUGUGUCCAGCUACAACGACAAAGUGAAAGAGCUUUCUGGUCUUCCUCCAGCAACGGUGAACAGUUUUGAAAGUGGAGUUGGUCUUACUACGAUUUUUCUUAUUAUAAUUGGUGUUGGGGUAGCAGUUGUGUGUACUUAUUACCUGGCCAAAUACUCCUCUCAUAAAAUAUUUAGUCUUUCUGCUGAUGGACAUGCUUGCAUCAUUCUUGGGACGACGAUACAGAUUCUCGGGGCUGCAGUGUAUCUGUUUGAUGGCUCACCAUUAGCAUGUGGCGUUCAUAUUGCUUUGCCAGGAACCGUGUACAGUAUCACCCUUACUGGCCUGUUAAUCAAACUGAACAAAACUGCAUGUCUUCAUGCGAUCAUCGGAACAAACAUCACCAAGCUUCCAAAAUGGGACUUCGUUUUCACAUAUCUUCCAAUAGUGUUGUCUGCGCCUGUUAUUAUUUUCGUUGUUUGGACUGUGAAUGAUCCUGUAACAAUGACUUGGUCCGUACCAUCCCUCUUUGAAAUCUCCAAUGUCGACGACAUAUCAAUUACAUGGCGCUGUGAUUUUAAUCGAACAGAAUAUGCACUUUUCAUGACUUUUUUCUGGAUCAUUCUGUUCCUCUGUAUGACAUUAUCUGUCAUCUACCAGUGUAAAAAUACUGGACGAAAAGAGGUGAAGCAAGUGUUACUGUCGGCAACUUGCUUUUCCGUCUUUACCAUCGCAACGACCGUAGUUCGUUUGCUGAGUGACGAUCACGUGAUGUUUAGAGCGUUCAUGUCGGUGACUCUUCCCUUGAAUGGAAUCAUUAUUUUGAUUGUGAAUUUUCUUCCACAAAUUGUUGAUCUUAUGAGGGAAAAGAACAGAGAAUUGCUGUUUUCUAGGCUAAUGGCAGAUAGUAAAUCUGCUCAUAUUGCACAGCUAUGGAAAGACUUGAUACAUGAAGAGAGCCGACCGAAAAAGAAAGUGAAACCCAAGAAAAACAAAGAAAACGAAAAAGUUUCCAUGUCAGUAGCUGGACUUUCGUCAAAAUGGAGAAAGAAGACAAAAGAGCCAAAAGAAUAUACAUCUGAAGCAUGACAUAUGCAUUAAAAAUGUUGGUUGUUUUGAAAAAAUGUUUUCUCAAACCUUCAAAUUCUUUUAAAAAAUGUC